CUUGCCGUGUCAUCAACUUCACUUCCCUAACCCUUGAGAGAGGAGAAGGAGAAGGCCAGGCCUUUGAGGAAGACAAAACCUAGCUUCUCUCUCCCUCUCUCUCUCUGGCUCUCGCUCUCUGGAACUCACUCUAGAGAGAGAAGAGAAACAGACCAUUCCAUUGAGAGAGAGAGAGAGAGAGAGAGAGAGAGAGAGAAUGGGCAGUGGGAAGAGAUUUGCAGUUCUGCGGUGCGCGGAGGACUCCGACUACGUGAAGAAGAGAUACGGCGGGUAUUUCGGAGUGUUCGUCGGAAUGCUGGCGGAGGAAGGCGAGAUCUGGGACGUGUACGCCGUGGCGGCGGGAGAAUUCCCCGCCGACGACGAGAUUGCUGGUUACGACGGCUUCGUCGUCACCGGAAGCUGCAGCGACGCCCACGGCGACGAUAUCUGGAUCUGCAACCUGUUGAAUCUCCUCAAGAAGUUGGACACCUUGAAAAAAAGAGUUCUCGGCGUUUGCUUCGGCCACCAGAUACUGGGGCGUGCAGUGGGGGGAAAGACAGGAAGGGCGGCGUCAGGGUGGGACAUUGGAGUGAGAUGCGUUCAUCUAACUCCGGCGGCAGCAAAGUUGUUCCCAUCUCUUAAACUGCAGCAGCAGCAGGCCAACAAGAUGGUACUGUCCGUAAUCGAAUGCCACCAAGAUGAGGUGUGGGAGCUUCCCCCAAAAGCAGAGGUAAUAGGGUGGUCGAACAAGACACGCAUUGAGAUGUUCAGGUGUGGGGAUCACCUGAUGGGCAUUCAGGGCCACCCUGAGUACAACCCCGACAUUCUUCUCCACCUCAUUCACCGUCUUCUCCACCGCAAUCUCAUCUCGGAGGCUUGUGCUGAGGAGGCCAGGGCCAAUUUGGAGGCUUGGGAGCCAAAUGGGGAGGAGACACUCAAGAAGCUCUGCAUCAGCUUUCUCAAGGGUAGGCUAUGAUCAUCACCAUUAAUAAGCUUUUUAAAAUAAAAUUCAAUAAAGAUCGUCCGAUUUUGAACCUA